GCUGCCGGGGCUUGUUGCGCGCAGCUGCCCAGACGCGGCUGCAGUAGUAGCGGAACCUCUACCGGCUGCCAGGCGCGCGCUCGUGGAUCUGCGCGCUCUCCUUCCCGUCCGUGGGCGCCCGCAGUAGCUUCUGUGCUCUCGCCAUGGUGGACAGCAUCUACCGGACCCGCUCCCUGGGCGUGGCGGCCGAGGGGCUGCCGGACCAGUACGCCGACGGCCGCGCGGCGCGGGUCUGGCAGCUCUACAUCGGCGACACGCGGAGCCGCACCGCCGAGUACAAGAACUGGCUGGUGUCGCUGCUGCGCGCCCAGCGCUGCAACACGGUGCUCGACGUGGCCUGCGGCACCGGGUGAGUCACACGGCAGCAGGAGGAGGAGGAGGCGGUGCUGGAUCAUGACCCAGCUUGAAGGCCUGGGCUCCCUUCUCUCCAGGGGGGGUUCGUCUCUCAGGGUGGUCUAAUCCGGAUCCACGCAGGAUCAGGACCUCCCCCCCCAUUGAAAGCACAUGGCUCGACACCCCGCACCCAAGAAUCCUGGGAACUACAAUUUCCAGCGCCCUCUAACAAACCACCACUUCCCAGGAUUCUUUGAAGGUGUUCGCUUCAAAGGCAUCGCGUGUGCUUUAAAAGUGAAAGGAAAGCCCCCCCUCGCUUUGUUGUGGGAGAGGCGCCCCCUCCCGCUUAGGAAUAUGACACCCUGUCAGUGGGGAUUUAUGUAUAGGCUAAGUAGGCUGAAGCCUAGGGCCUUAGAUGCACUUUCUUCAAGAGGUAAGUUUAGGAUAAAAUCCUUUAUUCCUAUAUUAAAUGUACUGUGUACAGUGAUGUUGCACAAUUGUUUUCCAUUCUUGCUAUUCUGAUAGCAUCUAAGCAAGAAAUUCAGCAAGGUGUUGAACUGUUGAUGGAAGCAUACCCAGAAGAUAUUGACCUGAAACUUAUUUAACUUUGCACUUUCACCUGUACAUGAGAUAAAGCCAUAGGCUUACAGCAGAGCACUCUCUGUCUCAUACAGACCUUUAUCAAAUUAUAUACAAGGAAAAAAAUUCAGAUGGCCUUUCCUAAUGUGGAAGCAAUCUUGCGGCUAUUUCUUAGCUUCAUGGUCACUAACUGCUUGGGAGAGAGCUGUUUUUCAAGACUCAAAAGAAUUAAAAAUGAAUUAAGGGCCACGAUUGUGCUCACUGAGCAUUCUGUACAUUGAAAGUGACAAACCUAGACAAACAAAUUUUGAUGAAGUUUUCUGACGUCCUUUAGAGGAGAAAUUUUGAAUUGCAGAAUUUUAAAUACCCAUCAUCAUCUUUGGCUUCACUCAUUUUUGUUUAUAACACUCUUCCAUUUUCUUCUAGUCGUGGGGGGGGGGGAUUGGGAGGGGCCUCACAAGUGGAGUAGCCCAGGACCUUUCUUAAUCUAAAUCCGGCCCUGCCUGUCUCUGUGCUCCCAUGUUCCUUGCUCAGCUCUCCUCUUCUCCUUUAUUUAUUUACUUAGUAAAUUUGUAUACCGCUCUCCAUUUGAGGAUCACAGGGCAGUUUACAGUACAGUGGAACCUUGACUUACAUACCCCUCAUCUCGUGGACAUUCCAAGUUGCGUCCACGGCAAACCUGGAAGUAAACACUGGGUUUGCCGCGAUUCACGCAUGUGUGGAAGCGGCUUCUGCCAUCUACGUGUGCGCAGAAGCGGCUGCUGCCACCUGUGCAUGCGCAGAAGCGCACUACUGCUGAAUGCGCACACGCACAAGACGCCUCUUCUAGCAUCUCGUUUCGACCAGCGGACGGACCUCUGGAAUGGAUUAUGUCCAUAAGUAGAGGUUCCACUGUACAAUCGCCUUUCCUCCUUUUCUUUCUGGCUUAAUCCUUCCGUUGUUUAAAAGGCAUGCCUUGCCACCCAUAUCUCUCCCGGUGGGGAAUUUAAACACAUCUUAACCUCCUGUGAUCAUUUGACCAGGCAGGCUUAAAAAUGAAAGCUAUUCUUUUCAGUAAUUUUAAGUUUUCUGGAGUGAUCAUUUCUCAUCUGACUGGGACUCCUCCCCACUGUGAAUACCAAGCACGGAUGUAGGAGCACAGUUGGUAGAGCAUGAGACACUUAAUCUCAGGGCCAUGGGUUCGAGUCUCAGGUUGGGACAAAGAUUCCUACAGCAUUGCAGUGGGUUGAGCUAAAUGACCCUUGUGGUCCCUUCCUACAACUCUGUGGUUUUAUGAUCUGCUCUCACUACUGAAUAGCAAUGCAGGGAACUGCAUUGAGUUUACUUGGGGGAUUGUUUAAUCCAAAUACCCGAACGCUUUUAUCUCAUGCAGUGUGGACUCCAUCAUGCUUGUUGAGGAAGGAUUCAGGGUCACUAGCGUGGAUGCCAGUGACAAGAUGCUCAAAUAUGCCCUGAAGGAGAGAUGGAACCGCCGAAAAGAGGACGCUUUCGACCAUUGGGGUAUCUAUUUUUAUUAAAAAUCUUGCAUCCCGCCUACUUUUCAAAAGAAGCUCAAGGCGACUGACAAAACCAAGCAUUGCUGCAGUGCUGAAGUAUCUAUCAUUCCCCAUUCCAACCUGUCAUUAGAUCAAAAUGUUAACGCAAAAUAGCAGUACGGUACCCCAAUUGCAAAGUUCCCAAGCAGCUAUCAAAAUGAAAACAUCCCAAUACACCUAUAAUAGUAGAGCUGAAAAAUAACCACCUGAAAGUCUUUUUGUGUUGUGUGCAUUCUGUGUGUAAUAAUUUUUGACAGCCACAUUUUUAGCAGCUGUGUAGAACAGAACAGUGACGAGGCCUGACACCUUGUGGCAGGGUGUUCCACAGGGUGGUCACCACCAGCAAAAAAGGGCCACAGCUACCCCUAACUCACAGGGCCCCAGAGCACGAGGAGAAGAGCAUACAAAAUAAAAUCUUGUCAUCACUGGCGAAGACAAGCAACUGACCAAAUAUUUAAAAAAAUAUUUAAAUUUUAAAAAAUAGCUGAUUUACCAUCUGCUUCAUUACAUGUAAACGUAUUUGCUUUGCCACUAAAACCGAUUGAUAGAUGGUUUCUCGGGUAUGUUCCAUGUGGACUGGCACAGGUUUAGGAGGAAAGGCAUGGUAGCAAUUUGAUUAAUAAUGCCCUUAUUAAUAACCUUAAUAAAAGUGAGAUAGAAAUGUAAUAAAAGGCUGUAACAAGUGGCGUAUUUUCUGCAGUAACACACCAGGGAAAGAAAUAUCACCUCAGAGUGAACAUGUGUACCUUUAAAUCUCAAUCCCAUUUAUUAAAAUUUGCCUUGGCAGCUUAAAAGGAUAGAGCUUCUGAAACUUUAGUUGCUUAUUGCAUCAUACAAUAAGCCCCAGUUUUGCUAUAAACACUGCUGUAUUUUUUUUAGUAAUUGCUUGUGGUUUGCUAAUUUUGUACAGGCAAAAAAAAGGCUUGCUGCUGCACUUAAGUCUUAAUUAUCUGUAAGCUUCUUGCUAAGGAUGCAAAACAUGUAAAUCAGAAUUGUGGCCCAAGGCAGUAACAUCUCCAGUUGCUCUUGCCCUGGGUAGCUGAGGAGUCAAAUUUUGAACACUUCAAAUAAUUGGGGUUUGAGCAUCUCUUGAAAGUUCUGCUUGCAUUUGUUAGCAAGCAAGUUUAUGUAUACAGGCCGAAAUAUGAUCAGUGCUGCUGAAGCAACUGGCAGAAUGUCAAUGCUGUAAUGAGCUCCUUGUUGACACAUCCCUUUUCCAGGACUAAACUUAGUGUGGUUGGGUGUUUCUGUCUCUGCCUGGCUUGUUUACCUGCAAAGGGCGCAAGGAGACGCUCAUCUCAGCCCCAUCUUUGGCCUGAAAUAAGAGUAUGAUGCCCCUCCUGACUUCACAAUAUCGUGUAAUUAUAUGUGCACUAGAAAGAAAAACAGGGUUGAAAAAUAUCUCUGCCUUUUGAAACCCGAUCAGUGAAAUGUAAACACCGUCGGGUCUUUGUGUGAUUUACGAUAUAGGGAGAGGGGAAUAAAUAGGACCCGAUUCACAAAGAAGUAUUGCCUUGAUGCUUAAGAAAAGAGUUUGACUCUUGUAUCAAAUUCAUUUACUUCAACAUUGGUGCUCACAUGUACAAGCGUCUCAAAUUGUCCAUGCUCUCUCUGUGAUUAGGACUGUAAGUGUAAACAACUACCACUAAUAAUAAAUUCUGUACUGAAAUAAGCAAAAUUUGGCAAGCUGGAAGUUACACAAAUAGUGCAUAAUUUGUUUUGGGCCUGUGAUCUGCAUGGCAAUGCGCUAUACAGGGCACUGAAGCUGUGCUCUAGUGCCAAUGGAAUUCUUCCUGAACUCCACUCCAUCUUCAGAGAUUUCUCCAAAUUUUGGAGAUUUUAAACAACAACAAUUAUCUGAGCUGCAAGGGCUAAGAACUUCAUUUUUUUUCUUUUUGAUUAUUAAAACCUGGAGUUGCUGAGUUCUACAGCUAGUGCCUUUUCUGCAUUUGCAUGGAAACAACAGAUUUGAAACAGCCUAGUCGGUGAUCUUCAGAAUUCUGUUAAAAUCAAAUUUCCUAUCUUCUUCUUCUUUGGCGAUCACUCAUAGCCGAGUAAGAUUGUCUUCCAUAAACACGGUUUUAACAAUGAGCCCGUAAGUGACUGGAGGCCAAUUCUGGAUCCACACGAACUUCCACAGUGGGAACAUUGGUUUCCAGGUGGGAGUUGAUCACGGUGUGGAUUUGCCAAGUGUGCCUUCCUCUUAGCACGUUUCUCCCCUGCGUCCUGAGUUCGAAUGUCUUCAAAGCCAAUGACACCUUUGGUAAAGGCUGUUCUCCAACUGGAGCGCUCGCAGGCCAGUGUUUCCCAGUUGUCAGUGUUUAUACUACAUUUUUUUAGAUUUGCCUUGAGACAGUCUUUAAACCACUUUUGUCAGAUUUCCUAUAGAGAAAUGUCGUUGUCUGACUCCUUUCCUUUUGCCUGCUGGUCACAAGUGCCCAACUCAGUUUUCAAUGCAUCUUCUUUUUAAUUAGAGGUGAUGCUGGCUUUCAGGUUCCUUCCUGCACUCAGAUUGACCUGGAGCCAAAUGGCAUCUGCAGGUUGCAUCAUUUUGGGGUAUUGCCAGCUGAUGCAAAGCGGCCUUGUCAUCAGAACAGAACAGAGACAUGGGUAACCCAGCCACUGGGUUCUGGCUACUGCGUUUGUAGAAAGCAAAGCGAUAUUAGCACCUGGGGAAAGACGAGCUUUGGCUUUAAUUUAAUUCAGUAAUUUUGUUUAUGACCACAGCAGCAAAUGAAAGCAUGUACGAAUUGGUUAAAUGCUGAAACAUCAAAGUAGGUGCUGUGAGCCCAUGGGAGGAUCUGAAUGCCACACAGGAAAAGCUGGAAGAUCACUUGCAGCUGGGAAUUGCAAGUGGGGAGAGCGCGGUUGCAUGCAAGACCUGUUUGUGGGUUUGUCUCUCAACACAAUUCCCAGUACAAAGACUCCAUACUCGUACCUUCCUGAUCCAGGUAUAAAAGGAAUACAGCAAACCACAUAUAGCCACAGCAAGAUGGAGAAAGCUGGAAGUUUCCAUCCUUGGCUGUUAAUGCCUAUGCCAAAAAAACCCCCCACCAUAAUACAGUGUUUCUCAAACUUGUUGGACUACAGCUCCCAUUGUCCCUGACCACUGGUCUGCUAGCUAGGGGUGAUGGGAGUUGUAGUUUGAGAAACACUGCCUUAAUCACACUUUCAAAGAGUCUCAGCAGCAAAUUGUAGGGGGAGAGAAACCUGGGGAUUAUUUUCAUGCUUAGCACAUUGUAUUUCGUAACAGAUAAGAGGCUUCCCAACUAAGUGCCUUUUUCCUUUAAGGUGGCACUUUUCACUAUCCUUCUGCACGAGGAACGUAAAAUCCUCCAGCUGCAGAAAAUGUGAGGAGGCAGAGGGUUGGCUAGAGAAAGAAGAACUCUCCUCCAUGUGUUCAAUGCACUUUUUUUUUUGUUGUUCCACAGUCAUCGAGGAGGCGAACUGGCUCACCCUGUCACAGGACCUAGAGAAGCCUGGCAAGGGCUUUGACGCUGUCAUCUGUUUAGGAAACUCUUUUGCACACCUCCCAGAUUUUAAAGGUGAGUGUUGCAAGGCUGGUUACAUGCUCCUGGGGUCAGUAAGCAUUGUCCAGUGCUAUAGAAAGCGUUGAGUGACUGAGCCUUCUAGCCAUGAGGGCUAUGCUCUCCGAUGGUCAGGAGCACUAAUGCUUCUGUAUACUGGUUGCUGGAAACUGCAGGAUGGGAGAAGGCUCUUGUGCUCUGGUCCUUUGGUUCCCCACAGGCUUCUGGGUGGCCACUGUGAGAACACGAUGCUGGACUGGACGGGCCAUUGGCCUGAUCCACCUGGCUAUUAUUGCAUACUUUCCUUCAGAGCCCUUUCCUCAGGCUACCCAUAGUUAAGAAGAUGGUGGGCGAUUGGGAAGUGAUCCAUAAUGAAUUGAAAAAAAUGUUUAAAAGUACUUCCCCUCCAAAAAACACCCAGAGUCCUUUCUGUUGGGGAUAAUUCAGACCAAAAUUCCCAGGUGUCAAAAAGGGUUAUUUAUGUAUGCCACUACUGUGGCCCGUGUUUUGUUAGCCCCCAAAUGGAAAAACGAGCGAGGUCCCAACCAAACAAGAAUGGCAACUUAAGCUGAAAGAAUAUGCGCAGCUUGCAGACUUAACAUAUAGAAUAAGAAAACAAGAAGAACAUAUGUUUAGAGAAAAUUGGAAAACGUUUAUUGAAUAUAUGGGAAAUAACUCUUUGCAGCUGAAAACGCUGGCAGCAUUAAGAUAAAUCCAACAGUGUAAAUAAGUUUUGAUGGGUGUAAUAAUGGAAUACUGAAUGGUGUAGUUUUUGUAGAAUAUGUAGGAAUUUAUGAUAUGUAAAUUGAACCACGGAAAGAGAAGGGAAGUCACUGAUAUCUUAAGGAUGUAAAAAUGAGUACUUUAAAUUGUUAAAACAGAAAAUUUAAUGGAGCACCAAGAAGGAAAACAGUACACAGUCUCAGUUUCCAGAGGAGCAUCCCUUAUAAAGUGCUUGUGAUGCCACAGGACUCCUUUUUAUGUGUGAAAGCAAGUUGAUAUUUGAGCAAGGAUGCAAUCCACCUCAGAUUGGUUGCGAGUACGGGUGGGAAGCCUGUGACCACCCAAAUGUUGCUGGACUACACUUUUAUUCAUCCCUGACCAUUGGCUAUGCUGACUGAGGCUGAUGGGAAGUGGAAGUCCAACUAGAUAUGGAGGGCUGCAGAUUCCCCCAACCCUCAGUUAAGGAAUCUCAUACACACAUGUCCAUCUGAUCUAGACUGGGUGUAAGACCAGUGAAGAAGAGGUGUGUCUGUGCCAAUAAAUUGUACAUUUACUUAAUAUUUAUAACUUCCAAGAUCCCUUGCAACAGCUCUAAGAGAUCAGACAGAGGGAGUUGUUUGCUGCAUGCCAGCCAUGAAGGAGGCACAUACUUUUAUUAUUUAUAUAGCACUAUCUGUGGUGCUAGAGAGAAAAGGUUUUCUGCCCUGAGGUUGCAAUCUGCUUUUGACAAUGGGGCAAUAAGCCUGGGUAGGAGGGAAUGGUAAUGAGCGAAUGCAGGUACACAUCCUUAGAUUCGUUCCUGUUUUGAGGUCCGGUUCCGGUCAAGAUGGAGGAGACAAGGUGAAUCUGGCUACUCCCUAAUUGAAGGCAAGAUUUAUGCUCCUAAUCUAUUUCUUGGCACCAGUUAAUCUGCCUCCCCAUUCUACCUUUUAAUGCUUUAUUAGAGCUCUUCUCAAAGUUGCGAUUUAUGUUCUACCCUGCUAUUUUAUCGGACUAACAACCUCCAUCGUGAGGCUGCAGGAAGUUGCAGGAAAGGAAAAGCUGAGCUCUCUUCCAGCCCCCCUGAAUGAGAGGCAUUAUUAAUGAGUUUCUAUAGCCUCACAAGGCUGACAACUUCAUUUUGAGCAAGGCUCAACAACCUGCUUCCAGUAAUAAAUAUUGCAAAGAGGCUUAUGAGCAAACGAGACUAAAACACUCCCUAUGCGAAGACGCCGAGUCCUCUGUCGAAGUUAGAAACUAGAACCAACUGAUUACCCGAGGAACUGAAAGCAAGUUUGGCUCAAUAAUUUUUAUUUGGCAUCAGCUAUUAUCUUAUCAUCUGUCAGAGAUAUCAGUAAGCUUCAAUGGCAACCACCGUAAAUCCCUGCCUUCGCUAGUGAGUCUCUUUAAGUGUUAACACCCAGACUCUGGCAUUUGCCAGGGCAAGGUUAAACUCCCCCGGAGCAGAGGGUCAUCAAAGAACUGCUGAUAUUCCUGUUUUGAGGAAGCUUUGGUAAACCCAAAGCUUAAUAGCUGGUUUUCAGAGGAUUUGAAAAAAGAGAAGCUUCACCACACGGGUAGGGAGUUGCAGGCAUAAGAAGUGACAAAGGGGUGGUGGCGGAUAAAAGUCUUAAGAAAGUGGGAGGUAUUUAGAUGGUCACCAGGAAUAUAACUGGAAAUAAGGCCAGGAAAAGUAGGGUAAUGUGCAGGUUAGACUGCAGGUCUUAUCUGAAACUCCAUUGCCUUUUAACACCUUGCUCCUUGGUGAUAACUUUUUUCUAACGCUAGCUCGAGCAACCAGAGUCCACAGCAAUUAUCUCUCACCUCAUGUACCUGUCCGUACAAAAUACUGUGGCUGACCUGUAAGAUAAUCCCAACUCUCACCAUGCUUCUUGAUGUUAAUUGCAUCUGCUGCAUAUUGCAAGGCAGGGAGAGUGCUGGCCACACCUCCUCUCCAGUUCCUCUGAACUGACUCUUCCAGCUGUGCCUUUAUGUCCAGCUACGCUGUGCUGGGAGUUAGGAUUUGUCAAAAGCCCACCUACUUUGCAGAGUCAUUCUUUACCACAGAAACUUGCAAGUAAUUGUUUUUUGGGACAAUAGGGUCUCUUGCAACCUACUGCAAACAAGUUUGUUCACUUAAAAUAUCAGCACUGCUUUUCAUUUUUAAAAAGCAGUGUGCAUAUUGAUUUUAAUGUUCUUUUUGAUCACUAAAACAAAAACUAGACGCAGCAGCAGGAAACAAAACAGCCAACUAUGAUGGCAGAGCAAAAAGAAAGGAAGAUAUUAACCUGCCUUCUGAAAAGGAAGGUUGAAUAAUGAAAGCCAAUACUGUUUUGGGGCUGCCACAGAAAAGGCCCUGCUUCUUUUCGAGGCUAGUCUACACUACAGAAAAGAUGGAACAUUUAGCAGGGCAACAUUGGUAGAUCUCAAAUGCUGGGUUUAUAUGAGGCUCUCAAAACCCAGAAACAACAUAGUUCUAGUUUGACGGUGAAGAGAAUAUAUGACCAGGCCUCUCAGGUUUUAUGCAUAUGUGAAGAAUCUCCCUCUAGCUGCAGUAAGGAAUUUAAUUCAUAGUUGUCUCUUUUCCUAGGUGACCAAGCUGCCCAUAAACAGGCUCUGAAGAACAUUGCCAGUAUGGUGCGUCCAGGUGGCAUCCUUGUCAUUGACCACCGUAAUUAUGACUACAUCCUCGAAACAGGCUGUGCCCCUCCUGGGAAGAACAUUUACUACAAGGUACUUCCUAGAAAUAGGUCUUUUGCCAAAGCUUUGUAGUAGUGAUGGUAGCCCUUUUAAUAAAAGGAAACCAUUUCUCCGACUUUCAUGCUUCCAGCAAUCAAUUCAGGCAGAGAAGAACAUGGUGCCAUUCUGCAUUGUACACCCCACCUUGAAUGCAGCUCCAUGCCCAAAAGAGACAAUUCAGGGGCAAAGGAAGUGCAUCGAGGAAAAUGCAUCUAGCAUAGUUAUUUCCCAAAUGGCCUAGGCUAGCACACACAGUGAAUUUUACAGGUGGAGGAGACACAAGAUAUUGCACUUGCAUUCUGAGAUGGUGUAGUCUCAUAAAGACAAUAUGAAGUUCUCUGGAUGUUUGAGCUAGCAUUUGAACCGGCACCUGUCCUGGGUUCGUAAUUAGAAUAGGAAUAGCUCCUAUGUGUAUUUUUUUUAUCUGUAUCAACAACAGAGAGAAGGGAGGGGUUUUGAGAGCGUGCUCACUUAUGGCUUAUGUGUGUGGUACGGAAGCUGUACUACCCAGGACAGGAUGGGGAUGUGCAGGGUUGUUAAGGCAGCAGAGAGCAUUGUUGGCUGCCCACUCUCUACCUUAGAGCAGAUUUAUGCCACAAGGUGCCAUAGGAAGGCACUGGACAUAGUAAAAGAUCCAUCGCAUCCUGGUCACUGUCUCUUCGAGCUCUUGCCAUCGGGACGGAGAUACAGGACGAUGAAGACAAGAAUGAGCCGUCUUAAGAACAGCUUCUUCUCCAGAGCGAUCUCGGCCCUGAAUGGGAAGCCCGGACUUUGAAAGUCAUCUAAUCUCCCUUGCUGUAUUAUACUGUAUUGAUUAAUUAGUGUUUUCAUAGAGCAGUCAAGUAAUUUCGUUGUCCCCGAAGGGGGCAAUGACAAUAAAGAUGAUAUUAUUAUUAUUAUUAUUAUUAUUAUUAUUUAUGGGGAAGAUGUGUCAAUUGCAUAGCCUGGACUAGGAUUGCAUUGGGCUAAUCACAAUGAACUAGUCAAGAAUGCACCAAACAAGAAAGGGAAUGAAAACUAGAAGUUUAUUUUUUCUCUUUCCCCGCCCCUCUGUCUUAGAGUGACUUAACCAAGGACAUCACUACAUCUGUACUUCUUGUGAACAACAAACCGAACAUGGUGACGCUGGACUAUACAGUACAGGUGCCACCUGAGGGGAAUGAUGGAAGCCCGGAACUAAGGUAUAUUCUGUUCAGACCUCAUGUGCUAUCCAGAGUCUUCAGCCUAAUAGCAAAUGUGGGAGCAUCCAGUUACUUGGUAAGGUUGGGUGGGAGCUAACAGAUGUCUGGGUCCAGAUCAGCCAAGGCUGAUCUGCGUUUGGGGCCUGCUACUAAGAACCAUCAGAUUGGCAGAUAUCAGAAUCGGGGCCUUUUCAAUGGUGGCCCCACAGCUUCCUUCCUUUAGGUGUUUAUGCCCUGCUCACUGGUGGCUUUUCAUACACUUUAAACUCUGCUUUUACUUGCUGGCUUCAUGUUUUAGAUAAGUCAGUUGGUUUUGUUUAAUGUUUUAUUGUUUGAUAUAUUACAUGUUGCCUUGUAAGGGUGUUACCUGAAAAGGCAAGCUGUUCAUUAAAUGGGCUAUAACUAGAAGAUACCCAUGCCGUAUCCAGCCAUGUUGAAAAAACAGCUCCCAGCCAACAAGAUUCUCUUCCUUUAAAUUGGCUCUGAAAGAUGGAAUUACUGGAGAUUAUAGCCACAUCCAGGCACUUACCUGAACACGUGGCGGCUUAAAUUGAGCAACACCCCAAGGCACACCAGCAGCUCUUCAGCUAUUUCCGCAAUUAGCUCAAAAGUAUGAAAGAGCUUCUAAGACUUGUUCAAUCUACAACUGUCCCUGUGACUGGAAAUUGUGAGAUGUCACAGUUCCCGACUAAGAAGGAGGGUUUCUAAGUGCGUUCAGUCAAAUGUGCUUCGAAUGCCUUCACCCCUUUGUGCCAACCACACAUGCGUCUGUCCCUCACCUCUGGUUUACCAUGCUUGCGUGUGCACCUCUGCCCCUAGUUUAACCCUUCACAUUCCUAUUCAAAGGUGAAACCCAAUCACAUUCUGUUAAGGAUGUUUGCGUAGGAAAAGCAAUACUGUGUGCUCCAACAAAUAUGCAUGGCUAGAGUACAGCUUAAUGGGAUGCGGGUGGUGCUGUGGGUUAAACCACAGAACCCAGGGCUUGCCAAUCAGAAGGUUGGCGGUUCGAUUCCCCGUGAUAGGGUGAGCUCCCAUUGCUCGGUCCCUGCUCCUGCCAACCUAGCAGUUCGAAAGCACGUCAAAGUGCAAGUAGAUAAAUAGGUACCACUCCAGUGGGAAGGUAAAUGGCGUUUCCGUGUGCUGCUCUGGUUCACCAGAAGCGGCUUAGUCAUGCUGCCCACAUGACCCGGAAGCUGUACGCCAGCUCCCUCGGCCUAUAAAGCGAGAUGAGCACUGCAAGCCCAGAGUCGUCCGCGACUGGACCCUAAUGGUCAGGGGUCCCUUUACCUUUACCUAGAGUACAGCUUAUCCAGCUUAGGGAGGAUGCAGAGAUCUUUGCAUGUUUUAUUUUUAGCAAUAAACCAAACUUUCUUCAGCCCAAAUGGUGGUGGGGCCAGAGGCAAAGCAAGAAAUGUGGCUUCUACCUUUGUACAGUGGGCUGCAAAGGUUAAGUUUCUUUCCAUCCUGGCAAGCAAGAGACAGGUAUUUCAGCAAGGCAAAAUAACUUGGAAAGGUGUGGAGCAGGGCUAGUGAUUGGUGUGGCCUGGAUGGUGAGUUUGGGCUCUGGGCUGGAGAUUUCGCCCUAUCUGCAGCUUAAAAAGUAAAGGAGCGCUGAUUCUCCAGGUUGAGCCAUCACCCCACUGCAAUACCUUAUCACUGAAAGGGAUAAAAUGAGCUUCACUGCUCACUACUGCAGUCGCUUCAAGGUUGGUGAUGAAACAGCACAGAGAAUAAGUGUGGCAGCCAAGAUCUGUAGCGGGAGAUUUAGGAACCAGAAAGCAAGAGGAUGCUGGAUGGGUAGUGCACCUGCUACAUGUAUACACAAGUAAGAUUUUUGGGGGAAGCUGCCGAGCAGACAGCUGCUAACGUUUCUUUUGUGUAUGUCUCACCAGCCAGUUCCGCCUCUCCUACUACCCCCAUCGCCUGGAGCCUUUCACAGAACUGCUGAAAAACGCCUUCCAGUGCCCGUGUGAACACAGCGUCUUGGGGGACUUCAAGCCUUACACCCCGGGCCAGCAGUACAGCCCAUGCUAUUUCAUCCAUGUGGUGAAGAAAACAGGCUGAGAAUUAUUCCGCGGACGACUCCAGCAGGCGCAGACGGUUUGUCUUCAGCUGCUGGAGGGGCCAGUGGGGGUGCAAGCGGCAGUGAAUGUGCUUAAGAGGUACCUGAACCAGAAGAGGAAGUACUUGAAGGAGUCUUUCCCCUCCCCUCCAUCUUGCCCUUUUCUAAGGGGGAAAUCUAGUUAAUCUGCUUUGGGAGACUGGAGGAGCCAUUGCUCAAAUCAGGGAGCUCUUGAGGGAAGAAGGUGGCAAUGGCUUGCUUUGAAUCUGAAUCAUAUGCAAGGUCACAUGAGCUUACUAAACUUUGUUUCUUGAUAACUUUUUGGUUUUUGCUUCUCUGCCUUGAGAUUGCCUCAAUGAUUCGCACUGAUGCUUGAAAUUCCGAAUGAAUGUGGUUGUGUGUGUGUUUCUUUGGGGUGGGGAGGAGGGAUGAGCAAAUACGUGUGCUUUAGCUACACCUGGAGUAAUGGCCAGUUUGGGAACCUCAUUAGUUUUGAAGGUGGCAGAAGAAAAAAGAAGAAAACACAGCAGUGUCUCCUGAGCUGGAGUGUUUAUGUGAGUGAGGGUAGCCACUGGCAUGCAACCCUUAUAGGGUCAGUUGGGGGGGGAUUGCCCACCUUUGGCUCUUGGUGCUCACAGUGAGGAGACCUUUUGGCUGGGAGUAUCUUCUGCCUUCUGAUGAAGGAAAAGUGCUGCAAAGUUCCCAUUCAUUUCAGCAGGCACUUAAGGGCACUCCUUAAAAUACAUUGUGCCCAGAGAUCUUGAUCAGGGACAAUUGGACGGAGUUAAUGGUGGCACUCUGAUUAGCUUUCAUGUAUUUGACUUUUAGCACUCCCCCCUGAAACAUUUCUGGCAGUAGAGCCCCACCAUCUCCUCCCCCAGUGUUCCCAAACAACUGGUAAUACUCUAUUUCGCCUUGCCAACAGAGCCAGAAAAACAGGUUUCACAGGUUGGUGUUGGCAGUGAAUGAACUAUGGUAGUAAAAGUUACUGGUAGAGAUUUUACUUGAUCUGGACCAGGAUGAGGCCAUGCUCUGUUAAGGAUCAACUGUGUAUUUUGGUGUUGUUGUGAGACCUGAUACAGCUCCUGAAAACUUAGGUAGCAGCCAAGACAAGUGCCUUUUAGCAGCAUAACUGUUUUGCUAGUAUGGUACAAACAGUAGUAACCUCAGGGCUGGAUGACUGAUUACAGUGUGUUUUAUGUGGGGGGAAACUGUCUGGAAAUCUUUGUUAGUUCAGAAUGCAAUUUCUUGUUUAAUCACACGAGCAGCCAGACAAAAAAAUUCAAAAGGAUGAAUCUGCUUUUUUGAGUUCUUGUGGCAUGCAAUAAAAGUUUGUGGACACUUUGCUGCAGUUUUACACAAGACUUUAGGCUGCCAGCCUGAGCUGCCUUGCUCCAUAGCUGGAAAACGGGGAGCUGAAUCCCCUCCCCUCCUGGCAAAUGCAGAAGUGGUAGGUUAAGUCCAGCAAGCCAAAGAGUACAAGGUUAUCAGUCUCUCUUCUCCCCCCCCCAACAAUAAAAAAUGGGAAUAUUUUACCUUAUUGCUACAAUUGUAAACACCAAUGAGAUUAUAUUAUAUUGGCAGAUUACAUAAAUUUGGCAAAAUGGUGAAGGAGCCAGCAUGGGAACAAGACCAGUUCUACAAAACACUUAAUUAAAUAUGUGACUGCAUUAAGCAUCAGAGUGCCCUACAGGAAGGAAGGUGAGCUCUGCUCUGCUUUGAUGGUUUUCUCUUUCUCCCUCCGAAAAUCUUAGUUCAUAAAAGGCACUAAAGAGCAUUUACGUCAUUCUGGCAAAGAAACAGGAUUUUUAUUUAUCCAUUCUUAGACACAGCCACUGCACCACCACCCAAAUAUUCAUGGGCCCAGGUUUUCCACUGGGUGUUCAAGAAACCUGAACUUCUCAUAUAUAAGCAAGGGCGCUGAGAACUCCUGAGGAUUAGCUUGAGAGAGUUCUUAGCCAGCUAAGCAGCCAGUAGUCUCAGUUCCAUGCCUAGAUCCCAUUUUCAGUUUUUCUCACUCACCUGGCCAUUGGAAUCCACUGUUUUCACUUCUCCAGCAGAACCGACAACAACACAUCAAAAAUUUCUUCCAGAUUCCAUGGAAUUAUACAGUUCCAACCAUAUGUAUCCCUUUCUUUCUGGUCCUGCUGGAUCCUUAAUCAAGCAGCAAAUCUCUGCUGGAUUAGUUUGUAUCUAAGCAGUUCUGGUUCGGAAACAGACGGCUGCAGCCUUGUUGCAGCUUGUACAAAGUCCUCCAUGGUUAGAGUUAGGUCUGAAGUCUCUGUGUCUAGCCCUGGAGAAAAAGAGCAAAAUGGUUGCCAAAAAAGUUAUUCAUUUUAGACAUGUCAGAUGCUGCACACCCACAAACUGUUCCUGGGUAUGCAAAAUGGGGCGGGGAGCAGUGGAAAGAUGCAAAAACUUCUACAAGUCUUUCAAGUGCAGAGAGAAACUCGGACAACUGUGAAUAGUGCUCCAAAGUGCAAAACUCUCCCUAAGAGUUUUCACAGUGCACUGAUUCUUUGCACUGGACAACAUCUCAUUUCCACAAUGUUUUACCAAAUGACAGAAUCAUAACAGCUGGAUCAAGACCCACUUAUGCCAGUCUCUCAUAGAUAUGCGUUUAACAGGUUCCCACCUCAAGCAAAGUCAGUUCAGUCCAAUCCAGAUAGCACAAUUAGACCCCCACAAGUAACUCAACCUAUUUUCCAAAGAAUGUCUCAAGAACAGACCCAAGGGUGGCACAGGUAGCAGCAAUACAGAAAAUCCUGAGAGACGCAUCACAGGGAAAAUAAUAUAUUCCACCCUCAGGUCUGAAAUUACACCACAGCCUGUAAAAAGGAGGAGCCUUUCUAUAGAUCAUUUCCAUAAAAGGAGCCCAAGAACAAAGGAAUAUUUUACCCUUCCCGUUAUUGCCUGCUAAUUCCUCUCAAUUACACACACCUUUGUCUGCCAAGUGUCCCAGAGGCGUGAGACCAAUCUGACUUCCUACUCCACUAUUUAGAACUGAUCUUUGCUUAUUGAUAUGCAAGUCCAAACAGAAGGAUGUAAAGCAGUAAUAGUUUUGCCAAACACUUGAUCAAACGUUUAUUUAAAAUAUUUGUAUUCUGCCUUUCUACCCCAUCACUGGAGAUGAAUGGACACAGUAAAGAGUUCAGUUAUCUUGUUCACUGAAUUAGAUUCAAAGAAACAAUGGCCCAUGAAGAACAUUUUUCUCUUUCCAGAACCUGUCCAUCAUCCUGUCUUAACUGCCUGCUGUGCAUUUUUCUUAGCAGAUUUGAAUCUAGCUGAGCUUUGCCAGUUCCUUACCUUCCUCUAUCCACGCCACUUUUCUUUUGAUAGCAGACAUCAUGGCAUCUGAGCAGAGUGCGUAUAUGUCUGCUCCCGUUAGCUGUACGGGACACUUGUCAAGGAUACCAAGGAGACUGACGGAAGGAUCCAGCUUAAACCUACCAAGGAAGAAUAUAUCCAAGGCUUAGUAUCAAAGAAAGAUUGUUGUUAGACUGCAGCCCGUCUGAGAGCUGUGGACAGAAAGGAAUAACCCCAAAUCCCAGGUUCAAAUGAGUGUGAUCAUAGAAAUGUAGAGUUGGAAGGCACUCCGAGGAUCAUCUAGUUCAGGGUUUCCCAAACUCGGAUCUCUAGCAGUUUUUGGACUGCAACUCCCAUCAUCCCUAGCUAGCAGAACCAGUGGUCAGGGAUAAUGGGAACUGUAGUCCAAAAACAACUAGAUAGCCAAGUUUGGGAAAUCCUGAUCUAGUCUGACUCCCUGCAAUUCAGGAUCAUGCAGCUGUCCCAAACGGGGUUCAAACCUGCAACCUUAGCAUUAUCAGCGCCAUGCUCUAGCCAACUGAGCUAUCCAGGCCUAAUGUGGCAAACACCAAACGAGAAUUAUCGGUCUCACAAUAGCACACACCUCUCUUGGGAAGAUUUGCAGCCAAUUUAACAUUCACAGCUUUCUAAGAUCAGAAACUUCAUAGUGCAAGGUUGUCUGCUCUACUUUUCUUUUAACAAAAGCAGCAAAAGGAGGUGCUGAUGCAGUGGGCUAAGCUAUCAAGCCCAAAUCAGCAGAGGCUGUUAAUCCAGUUUUAACCUAUACUGCAGUUCUGCUGCUUUCACCACUCCAUAAAGAGUAUAAGACAACCCUGCCGGAUCAAGCCAAAGGCCCAUCCCAUUCUCACAAUGGCCACCUAGAUGCCUAUGAAAAGCCUGCAGAUCAGGACCUAAACACGGCAUCUUUUAAUUCGCAGCAACUGGAAUGCAGAGGUAUGGUGCUUCCAACAGUGUGGAUAGAGCAUAGCCUUAUCCUUCAUGCAUUUGUUACAGUAAAUUGGUUUGCUUAAAACGGGAAGCAAUCAAAUAAGCCUCAUGCUCAAGAGCAGAAGGGAAUGCACAAGGACAGCACUUAUUCACAAUUUUGCAGCCCAUGAUGUGAAAGAUCUUCUGAAUGCAAACCAGCAAGUUGCAGUUGUACUUAGCUGCUUGUAGGAGUGGAGGUACCACUUUGCACAGACUUCUCUUCCCCUGCGGAGUGAACAGCUAUAUACAAGGAAUACUAAGGCCAUGAAAUAUUGGGAAUCACAGGGCUUUCGCUUUGUCACUACUUUUAUUUUAUGGUAGGCACUCACUUUCUGGUGAUAGCAUUUAGUACUUGCAGCUGAGAGUCUCGGUCUUCAUUUAUACCCACAUAGACCAAUUUAUCAAAUCUGCCAGGGAAACAGACAAUAAAGAGACAAAGUGCAGUUGUCCAAUAUACAUACAUGCUAUUCAGAAAACACACACAACCCCAAGAAGAUCUGAGAACAGACUUCUAUUGUUAGGCUGUGGAGCUUUUAAUUCAAUAUAGCAAACAUUUUCCAAGUAGCUCCACUCACAGUGUGCAAAGAAAUGAGAAGAAAAAAGUGCAACCUUCAAGAAAGCCUGUGCCUGGCUCUGUGCAUAACUGAUACCUUCUACAAUGAAGAUGGGGGCUAUUUUGACUAGGGCACUUGCCUAGGGCCCACAGGGGAAGUCUUAUUCAUUUUCUAUAGAAGUUAAAGGGGCCCUUUUUGGUAGCCUGCCGUGUCCCAUGAUUUCCACCUGUUUUUAGAAUGAUGUUGGUACUUUAAAACAUUAGUAAAUUUUAUUAAGUUGUCUGCCAAGACCUCCAGCAAUUUUCAAGUGGUCUACGGGGGAAAAACCUUUGAAAACUAUUGCGCUAAAUUAGAGCAAAUGAAUGCAUCCAGCACCAAAUAGGCAAGGAAGAAGCAACAAAUUGUCUGUUAUUUUGCGUGGAAAAGCACUUCAAGACCUCACUUUGGGCAGAGGAUUUGUCUGCCAAAAAUGUAACACAAACAGAACAGAAGGGACAGGCAACCUCUUAGUGCUUCACAUCUUAACUUGCUUUCAAAGACUUGCAACAAGUGAGGGAGUGGGGAGUUAGGAUACUACACUAAUCUAACUUUGUCCUUGUCUCUACUGUAACUAAGUCAUGGUACACACAAAUGAAGUAAUCACAUCUUUUGUUUCCCUGUCUAUAUUUUAGAUUUUAAGAGCCAGAGAUCUGUUAUACCUGUUCUUUGUAAAGUGCCACGUAUAUACAUGUGCUGUGUGUGUGUGUGUGUGUGUGUGUGUGUGUGUGUGUAAAACCAAUAACAGUGAGAAUCAUACCUGCCUGGCCGGAGCAAUGCUGAAUCUAGAAGAUCAGGUCUGUUUGUAGCUCCAAUAACGAAGACAUCUCGAGAAGAAUGAAGUCCAUCAAGUUCUGCUAGUAGCUGAGACACCACUCUACCAAGGGGAAAAAGAAAAGAUUUUUAAAUGCCACAAAUCCUAGUGCAGCCAUUGAGCAAGUCAACUCAUUACUCCAAACAGUACAUACACAAAGCACUGGUUCAGAUAGGUAUGACCAAGCUCUUAAGCUCAAAAGUAUUACUGUACUAGUUGCUAUGCACCACUGAGAGAAAAACUACUUGCUUUGAACGAAACAGUUCUUAACAGACAAGGUAGGGCAAUGGGGAUGUACAAGCAAGUCACUAACUUUGCAGAGUGAAGUAAGAAUCAAAAAUAGAACUUUUCUUCUCACAGCAAGAGCAUCACGUCUUGGAAGAUUGGCAAAAUCCAGUAUCUUCCUAUAUCUCUCUAGAACUGUAAGGUCCCACUUCUCACAAGAGGCAGACAUCGAUUCUAAGAAUCUUAAAGAUUCACCCUGCUUUACAAAUUUCUCAUCUGACCAUUGCCGUAUUCUUCUUGUUCAAUGACCGAGUUAUAUUCUGCUUCAGGUGACAGAACAAACCAACAUUUGGUUAGUGCUAGAGCCAAACUGGAGAUUUUUAUUAUUUUGUGUUAUAUACUGCUUAACACCGUAGUCUCUAAGUGGUGUACAGUAAGGUUGCAAAAGAUAUAAAAAGAUAAAAUCAGUUUAAAUUAACCAUUAAAAAUAAGAAAACUUAAAUGCAAGCAGAUAUAAAAAAGGUCUGCACCAAUUGCCAGAAGUUCAACUGGAAGGAAAUCUAUCUGAUCUCAGCCGGGAGUGAGUUUUGACAGAAAUGGGCCCACAGUACUGAACACCUGGCAGGUAUGAGCCAUGCAUCUAAGUCAUGGGGACAGACUGGGCAGGGAUAGAAGGAAUCAGAUGGUGCUCAUGGUAUCCUAGACACCAGUUGUUGCGGGCCUUCCAUAUGAAUAUAAAAACUUGGCCCAAUGGCAUAAGGGCAGCUAGUGCAAGCUUUGAAGCACCAAAUGCCUAGGCAGGUAUUAGGCAUCAAAUACCCAGGGCAGUUGAUAUGCCUGUGAAGGCAGUUUUCAGCUGGGAUCCAGAGAUGAAGUCAUAUUUUGCUAGUGCUUUAUAUAUAGAGAGAGAGAGACAUUUUGUUGAAGUUAACCUUGGUUGCAGGAUCUGCUUUUUGUUCUAUUACAUCAAAAUACAAAAAGAUUGCUGCAUUAACAUUAGCGGCUGCCUUGAAUGCCUUGAAUAUCCCACAUAGAAAGGUGGGAUAUUAAGAUUUUCGAUAAAAUUUAUUUUCACCCUUUCUAUCUUCUAAAACUAAGCCCCAAUGCAGAAAAAAAUAGGAUCAUCAAAGCUAAGGUUCAGGGACCAAAGACAACCUGUGUGCCAUCAGGGAGUGGGGCACCCCAGCCUUUAUAGUGUUUAUACAUUUGACAGUGGGAGUCCAGGUUUUAUGGAACACAUCCAGAUACCUCCGGCCUGCCUGGAUCAUUAUAUC